AUGGCGGACUUCCCGCGUUGGAUUGAUGAUCCCGCCGUUGUGGCGCGAAGCUCAGCAGAGGCCGGUCGCUUGGCUCGCUUCUACUUGGCACUGCAAGGCUGUCAGCUUGGACGUUUCAAGGAGGCAGAUGAACAUUUGGUAGAACUGGGACUUCCCGUUCGUCUUUCCAACGACCUUUGGACGGACAGCUGCCGCGGAUUCGAUCAGCCAGCGGACUUUUCAGUCAAAGUCCUGGACCAUGGCCUGCCCGAGGAUUUGGUCAGGAAGGCCAGGGAAGCAUUGCAGCCAGAUGCCAGCUAUUGGGAUGAUCAUAGAUAUCACAGCCCCGAUGUGACGUUCUACUCUCACGCGCACCAACUGGACUGCACGGAUCACAUCAUCGAUCAGCUCAUCGAAGCCAUGCGGCCCAGCCUGGAGGAGGUGGCUCCAGAGGUGAGCAAGACUUUGACCGUGGCGGAAUGGUGGGUCCAUCAGCGGGCCCCUGAUCAAUGGCACGGACAUCCUCUCCACUUCGACACCAAUGAGCAACUCUUGCGUGAUUCCUUGGGUACGCACGUGGAGCACCCAGCCAUGAGCAGCGUGGUAUAUCUCUGUGAGGACACCCCACGUUUCGGUGCCACCGUGGUCACGAGUCAACGGCACCGCUUUGCUUCGGACAGCGACACGGCGGCGCUGGUGCGGCCGCGGAUGGGGAGGCAGCUGUUCUUCGAUGGCGGCUACCUCCAUGGUGUAAUGCCUGGAAAGCCUUGGAUGGAGGAGUCACCGGUGACCCAACGGCGCCUCACCCUGAUGGUGGGUUGGUGGACCAGCGCCAUCCGCACCUCAGAGGCCGCUGACCCACCACGACCGCUGAUGGCCGGGGGCGACGGCACCUGGCAGCAGCAGCUGCGCGACGCCGCGGUGGCGCACAACACGUUCCGGCAUGGUAGGGCGGAGGAGGUCGUGUUGCCGACGACCUCCCCAGUUUGGGUGGAUGUAGGAAGAGAGGAGACGGAGGUGACAUCCUGUGUGGAUCCUCCUUAUGGCCGAUUCUUUCUGCGACAUCGGAAGCAGAUUGAUGAGGAUCUCUUCAACUGAGCGAAGAAAAGAA